GUUUAUUGUGAGUCGAAGAAGAUUUCUAGUAUAAAAUGGGCUCUUUGAGUGCCGGACUUGAUCUCUGUCGAAGAAUCAUGCGGAGAUUCCCGAGGAAUAUUUCUUUCAGCUUCGCUUAUGGUUCUGGUGUGAAGUCACAGAUUGGGUAUGAGAAGAAGCAGCUCAACGACAAUAUUGUGGACUUGAUUCUGUGCGUGGACGAUGAGCGAAUGCAGGAUUGGCAUCGAGAGAACAUAGAGAUGAAUCCCAGGGAUUACUCAGGACUAAAGGCUCUCGGGGCGUCCACAAUUACCAGAUAUCAGACAUCAAUUCCCGCCAAAGUGUACUGCAAUACGCUGAUUCCCGUGGAAGAGGAGGGAAUCACCAUCAAAUACGGCGUGACGCGAAAGUCAGAUUUGAUCAGAGAUGCGACAGAAUGGACAGAUUUGUACCUCGCAGGACGUCUGCAGAAGCCUGUGCAAUUCCUACACGAGCCGCCGAAGAAAGUGAAGGAAGCUCUGGAGAGAAAUCUACAAACUGCUCUCACAGUUGCUCUUCUCCUGCUUCCGGAGAAAUUCACGAGCUUCAAUCUCUUCCACACGAUCGCCGAGUUGAGUUAUUCCGGUGAUUUUCGCAUGGUUUUCGGAGAGAAUCCCAACAAAGUGAAGAAUAUCGUGAAGCCUCAAUUGGAGUCCUUCCACAAGCUCUACUCGCCUUUUAUUGUCCAGCAACGCGAGUGGCUUCAAUGUCCAGAAAGCAUCGGCGGAAUGUAUUGUCAGGACAAAUCUGAGAGAAUUGUGCUUGAUCAGUUGAAAUCCAUCCCUUUUGUGUAUCCAGCGACAGCAUUGAGUGUGCGCUUGAGGGAGGAUUACAGAGAGCACUUGAGGAAUAUCCUGCGAUCGAGAGUUUUCCGCUCAAGUGCUCUGCAAUCGCUGAAAAAUAUCCCAACCGCCGGUCUAGUCAAGUCCUUAAAGUAUAGUUACAAGAAAGCACUGAAGACUUUCUCAAAGUGAUCCAGAGA